UUCAAUAUAGGAAAUCUAUAGUGUAUGAGCCAAAUAGCUUGCAAUAAAUAAUAAUAAAAUCAUCGUACACUGUGACAUUCAGAUCUCUAGUUUGCUGUUCCGGUAACUAUGGUGUGCGCUUUGGGUAUCGAAGGAAGUGCUAAUAAAAUUGGCAUUGGAAUAAGCAGAAAUGGCGAAGUCCUAUCAAAUGUUAGGCGGACAUAUAUUACACCUCCCGGCGAAGGUUUUCUACCAAAAGAAACUGCUAAACAUCAUCGUGAUCACAUCAUAAGCCUUGUCAAGGAAGCAAUGAAAGAAGCAAAUAUUACGGCAGACGACCUCGAAGUUAUUUGCUAUACAAAGGGGCCAGGAAUGGCGCCACCACUUUUGGUCGGCGCCAUUGUCGCACGUACAUUAUCUCUAUUGUGGGAAAAGCCGCUUGUGGGUGUCAACCACUGCAUAGGUCACAUUGAAAUGGGCCGCUUUAUAACAGGUGCUCAAAACCCUAUUGUUUUGUAUGUCAGUGGAGGGAAUACGCAAGUUAUUGCAUACUCCAACAAGCGAUACCGAAUUUUUGGAGAGACAAUUGAUAUCGCUGUUGGAAACUGCUUAGAUCGAUUUGCCCGCAUUAUAAAGCUUUCAAAUGACCCAAGCCCAGGAUAUAAUAUUGAACAAUUGGCAAAAGAAGGCAAACAAUUUGCGAAAUUGCCCUAUGUGGUUAAAGGUAUGGAUGUUAGCUUUUCGGGCCUGCUGUCACAUAUUGAAGAGAUCGCAGAUCCAAGCAAGAAGAAAAAUAAAAGAAAAAAAGCUGAGGACGUGGAUGAACCGGAAUAUACUAAAGCUGAUCUUUGCUACUCGCUCCAGGAAACCAUAUUUGCAAUGCUAGUUGAAAUAACAGAACGUGCUAUGGCGCACUGUGAUUCCAAUGAGGUGCUUAUUGUUGGCGGCGUUGGGUGCAACGAGAGACUGCAAGAUAUGAUGCGCAUUAUGUGCGAAGAACGGGGAGGCAAGUUGUUUGCCACAGACGAGCGUUACUGCAUUGACAACGGCCUCAUGAUAGCCCAUGCCGGAGCUGAAAUGUUCAAGUCGGGCACGCGAAUGGAAUUUGAAGAUUCGUUUGUUACACAACGAUUUCGUACGGAUGAGGUAUUGGUUACGUGGAGAGAUGACUAAUUGUGUGGCCUCAAAACAGGGGAACGCUACAAUAUGAUAAUCGAUUGGCUAAGUUUUAUAUGAAUAAAGGCCAACUUAUGAGAAAAUGUUCAUUCGAACCUGAUACAAGAUUUCAAAACUUGGAGUGGCAAACUCUCUAUGGUAUGUACAAGUCAUUUGUUUUAAACUUUUUUAUUUCACCCAUUUACAAUAAAUAUGUUAACAUCUUCA